GUCAUUUCUCUAUUAUAGUUUUUAUUUGGGAAAAUUUCUUCUUGGGACUUGUUUGUUUGUUUGCUUCUCUUUUUGGAACUUUUUUAUAAAAAAAUAUUAAUUUUGCGAGAAAUGGGAAGAGGUAGGGUUGAAAUGAAGAGGAUAGAGAACAAGAUCAACAGACAAGUGACAUUCUCGAAAAGAAGAGCUGGUCUUUUGAAGAAAGCCCAUGAGAUCUCGGUUCUUUGUGAUGCCGAGGUUUCCCUUAUUGUCUUCUCCCAUAAGGGGAAAUUGUUCGAGUACUCCUCUGAAUCUUGCAUGGAGAAGGUACUAGAACGCUAUGAGAGGUACUCUUACGCCGAGAGACAGCUGAAAGCUCCCGACUCCCAUGUCAAUACUAGCUGGUCAAUGGAGUAUAGUAGGCUUAAGGCUAAGAUUGAACUUUUGGAGAGGAACCAAAGGCAUUAUCUGGGAGAAGAUUUAGAAUCAAUGAGACUGAAGGAGCUCCAGACUCUGGAGCAGCAGCUUGAAACUGCUCUUAAGAAUAUUCGCUCUAGGAAAAACCAACUCAUGUACGAGUCCCUCAACAACCUUCAAAGAAAGGAGAAGGAGAUACAGGAAGAAAACAGCAUGCUUACCGAACAGAUAAAGGAGAGGGAAAGUAUCCUAAGGACGCAGCAGCACCGCAACCACGAAGUACCGCCACAGACGCAACUGCAACUGCAGUUACAUCCUUACAUGAUCACUCAUCAGACAUCUCCUUUCCUAAAUAUUGGUGGUCAGUACCAUGGAGAAGAUCCAAUGGCGGCGAGGAGGAACAAUCUCGAUCUCACUCUUGAACCCAUUUACAACUGCAACGUUGGCUGCUUCGCCACAUGAAUAGAUUCUCCAUAUUUUAAGCGAUAUAAAAUAAUAUGUCCUCUACAUAUAAUAACAUCAAUUUUUACCCAUAGAUUAUAGAUAUCUAUCUAUAAGCACCGGUGAGUCCAUUUUACCAUAGUUAUUAUAUUUUGGCAUGUCCCAUGCAUGUUCUUUUAUCGUAUUAAUAGCAAGCUUUUUCCCCAUUCAAAAAUUCAUGUGUUUCGGGGAGCAAAUAAUGUAAUCUUUGAGGAUGGAGAAAGAACGAGAGAAAAAAACCUAUCAUAUAGGUAACAUCUGAAUAUUGUAACAUCAUGAUUUUUUUCCAUGUUUCUUUUUUGAAGAAAAUGUUUUUUUUUUUAAUAAACUCUUUUCUACUAAAUAAAUGUAAAAGAGCAAUUACCCCACACAUGUUUUACAAAUUUGC